GUAACGCUCGAGUACAUAUCACAACAUAAGGUAGUGUCAUUAAUAACGAAGAUGAAGACCUGUGUUUUGGUGUUUGUGGUUUGUUUAAACUUGUGGUGUGCAAGUUUGGCGGCGCCUGCCGCCGAAUCGAAUGUUAUAGAAGAUUCCGAGCAGUGCCCGCUAGGCGAGUACCACCCCGGCGGCCCCAGCUGCGGAUUGGAGCCCACCUGUCCGCCUCGGGGCUUCCAUACCGCCACGUGGCACGCCAGUACAGAGUGCCAAUGCUGGUGCAACCCCGGUUUAUUAAGAGACUGGGAUACUAAGCUGUGCAUACCGAAAUGCGACUAAACACGGUGUAUUCUGAUUGCCAGCCGAAGGGCAUACUCACCACGUGGUACGACAAUGCUGAGUAUAAAAUACUGAUGCAACCUCGUACUAAAAGACUGGCAUAAAAAGUGUACUAAAUUGCGAUGUGACACUGUGUGUGUAACACUUUCAGUUACUUAUUUUUUAAACCGAAAAGGAACUAUCGC